UGAACCCUAAGAGUUUUUUAGGGUUUUCUUCUCUGCCAAUGACGUCAGAAAUCUUUUCUGUGGGAAACCAAUCAUCCAUCAAUCAUCAUCCUUUGAGCUGUUGUCAAAGAAGCCACAGACAAACUCAGUGUCUGCGGCAAUAAUGGUCCAGCCACCAUAGUCUAGUCAUCGGAUCAGCCAUACGUAGAUAGACAAGCAAGCAGUACCAGUUAUUUAGGUGUAUCGGAGAGAUUGGAGUGACCGUUGUCUGCACAGGAAAAACAACAAUCAUGACGAAAUCCGCGUCCUUACAACUCUGCUGCGGCAUGGCGGCGUUUUCAGGCCUGCUUUUGCUCGGCCAUGUGCAAGGCUUUACUCCAUCCGGAGCGAUCGGUCGUCAGGUCCCCGUCUUGCAACAGCAACAUCAACGACAACUUGCUUCUCGUUAUCAUCGCCCAUAUUAUACUGCAAGAUCCCCCUUGACCAUGUCGGUCGAAGGAGACUUUGAUCCCGACGCAUUGGCCAAAGCACGUCAAGAAGCGCAAGAAUCAGACUCGAUCAAGACGAAACUGCGAGCGCUCUACAAAUUCACACGGCCUCAUACUAUACGCGGGACCAUCUUGGCAUCCAUUGCGGGAACGACCCGGGCGUUGAUUGAUACUCCCGGUGCCAUUGCCAAUGCGCAGUGGGGGUACAUGUUGCCUCGUGCCUUUUUGGGAAUGUUUGCACUCCUCUUGGGAAAUGCCUUUAUCGUGGGUAUCAAUCAAAUCUAUGACGAAGAUAUUGACAAACUCAACAAACCAUUCCUGCCCGUGGCCAAUGGGGAAAUGUCCAAACGAUUUGCGUGGGUCGCCGUGGUGACGUCUGGGGUGGUGGGGCCCAUUGUGGUCAACGCCGCCUUUCCUCCCCUAUUGUUCCGGCUGUAUUCUUUGGGAUUGUUCCUGGGGCUCAUUUAUUCCGUCCCGCCUAUUCGGACCAAGAAGAAUCCAAUACUCGCCGGUCUCACGAUUGCCACUGUGCGAGGAUUCCUCUUGAACUUUGGAGUGUACUAUGCCGUCAAGAAUGCCAUUGGAUCCACCUUUGCUUGGUCUCCCAAGGUGGCAUUUGUGGCACGGUUCAUGACGCUCUUUGCGUCUGUCAUUGCCAUUACCAAGGAUCUGCCCGAUAUUGAAGGAGACAAGGCAUAUGCCAUUGAUACCUUUGCUACCAAGGUAGGUGUCAAGCGAAUUGCACAAGGAGCGACGGGGGCGUUGUUUUUGAACUAUGUCCAUGCCGUGGCUACCGGGGUCCUGUCCGCGGCGGGUACCUUCAAACGCAUCCCCAUGAUUGGAGGACACAUUGCUCUGGCAACACUGUUGCUGAUUCGGUUCCGUCAGCUGGACCCUGAUUCCAUGCCUUCCGUAAAGAAGUAUUACAAGCACAUUUGGGAUCUGUUCUAUCUGGAGUAUGCGCUCUACACUUUGAUUUAG